ACGGAGGCAAAUUCAGGUGGGUGAGAAGCAUGGAGGGCAGUGUGGUGCCAGAAUCGGCGAUGGAGUCGGUGGGUAGAACCCUGGCCAACGUCAAAGAUAUGCAAACCCAUUUGAAGGACUUCCUAUCUCUCUGCGACCCUCAAGUCAUUGCCCAAUUGCCACCUCUUCAACGGGCUCAAGCUCAUCUCACGCUCGCCAAGGCCACUACCACCCUCUUUGCAUUGAACUUGAGGUGUAAGGGCGUGAACCCAGAUGACCAUCCUAUUAAAUCAGAACUGGAGAGAUUGAGGUUGUAUGAAGACAAACUAGAGCGGUUAAUGGAGUCAAAUAAAGAACCAUUGCGACCUUCUACUAUCCUAAAUCAUCAGGCAGCAACCCGCUUCAUUGAACAUUCUUUGCCUGAUCUUACGCCAGAGCAAAAGCAAAGUAUGAGGGAGAUCAGCAGGGGAGAGGGGCCAAAGAUUAAGCAUUCAGAGAGGAGUGGUCAAAAGAAGAGGAAGUAUUCAUCUGAUAAACAAUCUAUUCAAAAUGCUGCCCAGGCUUUUCUUGAAAAGGCAGCCCGUGAGCUUCUUGGUGAUAAUAAAGAUGGUUUUAAGGGACCUCUACAAGUCAACUCCUCCGAUGAAGAUGACAAGCCUGACAACUGAUUCUCUGUUUAUUAUGGCUAUUAUGGGGCCAGAAGCAACAUAUCCAGACCUCAAUCUCAAGAAGGGGCUUCAAUAAUAUAAACUCAGCCAAUUUGAUUUCUUAGUGUAGUUUAUAUCACAACAGAAAUAGUUUGAUUUAAGUUUGAAAUUUUAAGUUUAAGCAGUUGUUUUUAUUGGAAAUGGAAUGAUAAGAAUAGCUUUAUUGACAUGCUGGGGAGUGGUUUUGUAAUUGUAGAAGCUUGAGGUAGAUGGUUGAGAAACAUAAUGGACAGGAUAACUAUAUUGCUCAA